AUGAAGACCCUGAACAAUCGGGCUGAGAGCCACCUGACUGGGCAAGUGGACUCUGAGUUGGACAAAGUAGGUAAUGGGGGCUGGGUGAACCAGGGCUACUGUAGCUCCCCUCCACCCUUCCCCCGGGUCACCACUGUCUUCAACCCCAAACCCCACUUCGAGGGGAACAUGAAUAGCCUGUACAACCUGGAUACCCCGGUAACGCUCCCAGAGGACCCACCAACCAAAGAUCAAAGUCUGAAGAAGAAACGAAGAGGCUGCUGCUCUUUUAUCAAAGCACUGUGGGGGACAACGCUGACCGAAAACACCUCUGACAACAGAGAGCAGUUUAUCCGAACCACGCUGCGGGAGCUGCUGGUCUAUGUCUUUUUCCUGGUGGACAUAUGCCUCCUGACAUAUGGAAUGACCAGCUCAAGCGCCUACUAUUACACUAACGCCAUGACGAACCUGUUUGUGAAUACACCCAGUAGCAGUGGGGUUACGUUUCAGUCUAUUGGCUCCAUGGCUGACUUCUGGACUUUUGCCCAGGGCCCACUGUUGAACGGACUCUACUGGACAACGUGGUACAAUAACCAGCCCUUGGAAAGCGGAAACACGUCUUUCAUCUACUAUGAGAACAUGCUGCUGGGUGUCCCCAGGAUGAGGCAGAUCAAGAUCAAGAACAACUCCUGCACUGUCUACAGUGACUUCAAAAAUGGGAUCAAAGGCUGUUUCGCUGUUUACACUAACCAGAAGGAAGACGAGCAGAGCUUCGGCCUCAUCAACGGCUCUGCCUGGACCUACCACACAGAGAAAGAGAUAAAGGGUUCCUCUUACUGGGGCUUGGUGGCCACCUACAGUGGAGCAGGAUACUAUCAAGACCUGAGUCGCACACAAGAGGAGAGCGCCAACAUACUGACAGAGCUACAGAACAACCUUUGGCUGGACAGAGGAACCAGAGCAGUCUUCAUCGACUUCUCCACUUACAACGCGAACAUCAACUUGUUCUGCGUCAUCACGUUGGUGGUUGAAUUCCCAGCGACCGGUGGAGCAAUCCCUUCCUACCAGAUCCGAACAGUCAAACUGAUUCGCUACAUAACGACCUGGGACUACUUCAUCCUAGGCUGCGAGUUGCUCUUCUGUGUAUUCAUCUUCUACUACAUUGUGGAGGAGAUUCUUGAGCUGAAAAUACACAAGUUCUCCUAUUUCAAUAGCAUCUGGAACAUACUAGACAUUGUUGUCAUAUUGCUUGCCAUCGUUGCCAUCAUAUUCAAUGUAUUUCGGACCAUCAAAGUGGACAGCUUGCUUGGGAAUCUGCUGAAAAAUCCUAACAUCUAUCCAGAUUUUGAAUUUCUGGCAUUCUGGCAAACCCAGUAUAACAACAUGAACGCGGUUAACCUGUUUUUCGCAUGGAUCAAGAUUUUUAAGUACAUCAGUUUCAGUAAGACCAUGAAUCAGCUGUCCUCCACACUGGGCCGAUGUGCCAAAGACAUCUUCGGAUUCGCCAUCAUGUUCUUCAUCGUGUUCUUUGCUUAUGCUCAACUCGGAUAUUUGCUCUUUGGAAUGCAGGUUCAAACAUUCAGCACUUUUGUAAAGUGCAUCUUUACACAGUUCCGAAUUAUUCUUGGAGACUUUGAUUUUGAUGCCAUCGACAGCGCUAACAGAGUCCUUGGGCCGAUCUACUUUGUCACUUAUGUGUUUUUUGUUUUCUUUGUUCUGCUGAACAUGUUCCUGGCCAUCAUAAAUGAUACAUAUGCAGAGGUGAAGCAGGAGCUCUCUGAAAAAGAUGAACUACAAAUUACUGACAUUUUUAAACAGAGCUACAUGAAGACAUUUAUGAAGCUGAAGCUUAAAAAAGAGAAAAUAUCGGAUGUUCAGAAAGUUCUACACUCUGGAUCUGGAGAUCUUGAAUUUCAGGACUUCAGAGAAACUCUUAAAGAGAUGGGACAUGGCGAUCAAGAAAUAACUGCAGCCUUCUCCAAGUUUGACCGCGACGGGAACAAAAUUCUAGAUAAAGACGAACAAAGGUGGAUGAAAGCUGAGCUGGAGCAAAAGAGGGAGGCUCUCAGUGCCGAAAUCAACAAUCUCGGAAUGAACUAUCAGAUGGAAUUACACGAGAAGCCUCCUGUCAAAUCCAACGAGCACAAGAGCAAUUCUAGUCAAACCUUUGUGGAGCGGGAACAUUUCUUGAGUCUGGCCAAACAGGUUCUUCACCUUGAAAGCUCCAUGGCAGGCAUUGCGUCCCAGACUGAGCUGAUUAUGGAGAAACUGGGAUUACAAGGGAAAGCUAAAGACGCUGCAACAGCAAAGAAACCGUGA